AUGGCGAAGAAGGAGAAGCAGCUGUGCAAAGCUGCUAUCAUUGAGGAAGCCCAGACCCGCCCGGCAGACCCACUGGACAAGCCAAUCAAGAGGGAGCCUGAUGAGGGCACCGGAGGGGUGCCUUUAAACAAGGAGGAGCCUGCAAGCGCCAAGGUCGAUGAGGAACCCCGUGCCAAGGGCCUGGACGGCCAGGUCGAUGGUCACGCUUCCGGGGGCCUCCUAGAUCAGGAGAAGCCAGAGCUCCUGAAGAGUGCUGCAGUGAUGUCUCCUGCCGAGCAGCAAGCCCUUUCAAAAGGCCGAACCAUCAAACCACGGGGAGGAGCCAAGAAAGGCAAGGCUCAGCUAGAGGAGGGCGAGGACGAGGAGGAAAGGGAUGAGGACACUGCAUACUAUAGUGAUCAGCCAUCUAAGCCUAUGAAGCCUCAGAAGAAGAAGACACCCAUGAAAGCUGCGGUCAAGAAGGCAACGGCUGAGGAAGACAAGAAAAAGAAAAGUAGGAAAUCCUGCGCGUAUCACAAGACCAGAACACUCAAGAUCAGGGAGGGCUUCUCAGAGGAAGAGGCAAUCCGAUUGGCCAAGAUUGUUACCUGCCUGCAUCAUGUUCGAGAGCCAAUGUGUACGUACUUUGCUAGACUUUGCUAG